AAAUAUUAUACUCGUAUAAUUAAAAACCUAAUAAUUCCUCUGAUCUUACGUUAAACCCAGAACGACAAGGGCUUCGUCACGCUGUUUCCUGUUGCUCCAACAAUUUUUGCAGGGAGAUCUUUCGCAGAUUCAGAAUAUUCAUCUGUGUUUGCUAUCAGAGGGCUUGUCAAAACAUCGGAAAUUUAUUUGCAGCUGAGAACCGAGGGACGUGAUGGCAGGACAACUGCCUGGGUAUCCUUCUCAUCAUAAAGCUCAAAGUAUUGCAUCGAGUAAGUACCUGCAAGAAGACCCUCAAAGUUUGAGGAGAUGGUAUUUCUCUAGAGAAGAAAUUGAAAAGCAUUCUCCUUCAAGGAAGGAUGGCAUUGACUAUGAGAAAGAAUCAGGUUUACGGAAACUGUACUGCUCAUUCUUGCAAGAGCUUGGGAUAGAGCUUAAAGUGCCUCAAGUGACAAUUGCAACUGCAAUGCUAUUGUGUCAUCAGUUUUAUAUGCGCCAGUCUCAUACAAAGAAUCACUGGCAGAUUAUUGCUACUGUGUCCAUGUUCCUUGCCUGCAAAGCAGAAGAAACUCCACGCUGGCUUGCAGAUCUUGUUGUUGUUUCAUACAAAUUAAUAUACAAAUGGGAUCCUUCUGCCCCACAAAGAAUCAGAGAUAAGGAAGUUUAUGACAAGCAGAAAGAAUUAAUUUUAGUUGGUGAGCGACUUCUAUUGUCGACUGUUGCUUAUGAGCUCAAUAUCGAACAUCCUUACAAGCCACUUGUUGCGGCUAUAAAGAGGCUGGAAAUCUCUCAUAAGGAGCUUGCUAAAGUUGCAUGGAAUUUUGUGAAUGAUUGGCUUCGAUCAACACUGUGCUUACAGUACAAGCCCCACUACAUUGCUGCUGGUUCUUUGUUCCUUGCUGCAAAAUUUUUAAAGGUGAAGCUUCCAACAGAAAAGGGGAAAACCUGGUGGAUGCAAUUUGAUGUCUCACCAAAGCAAUUAGAAGAUGUUGUUCAGCAAAUGCUCCAUUUUCUGGAGAAUAAUCACAGUCAAGCAGUACCACCAAAAUGCGGUAGAUCUUCUGAAUCUAGACCUGCAAUUGGAAAAGGUGUGUCUAGUAACACAGAGUCGUGUAUUUCAAGUGGUUCAGUUAUUGCUCCAGCUGCCAGUAGUACAGCAAUGGUGGAUACAGGUGGGCUCCUAAAAAAUGCAAUUUCCGAAAAUGGCAACGGACAUUCAAGCACUGUUGGCGAUUCUGUCAAACAGAAAUAUCAGAAACAAGCAGUACCAUUACCAUCUGGUAGACCUACUGAAUUGAGACGUGCUAUUGGGAGAGACGUAUCUAGAACCAUGGAGUCAUGCAUUUCGAGUGGUUCAGUUGCUGCUCAGGGUUGCAGCAGUUCAGCAAUGGCGGAGACUGGCCAACUUCCAAAAAGCGUGAUUUCCAAAAACAGCACUGCACAAUCAAGCAUCACUAUUGGUUCAGCCAAAGAGAAUAAUCAGAAUGGUGGAUCUACUCAAUCAGAAGCUGCAGUUGGAAAAGCCGUGUCUCAUAGCAAAAAGCCAUGCAUUUCAAGUAGUUCAGUUAUUGCUCAGGAUUCUAGCUGCACAUCAAUGGCACAGACUGGAGUGCUUCCUAAAAGUGUGAUCUCGAGAAACAGCAGUGUACCGUCAAACGCUGCUGUUGAGUCUAUCAACGAGAAGGAGCAUUUGGAUACUAGUGAUUGCGGUAGUGCAAAUAGUGUAGUUGAGGAUGGUAGCAGUGAGCCUAGAAUGGGACAGGCCAAACAAGAACCUUGCAACACUGUUUCCGCUGAAGAGCCCAAGAGGAAGAUAGAUGUUCAUCGUAUCAAAGAGACACUUAAGAGGAGAAAAUUGGACAAAACUAUGCACAAGAAAGUAGAGAUGGACGAUGAGAUAGACAGUGAGGCGUGGAUUGAGAGAGAACUUGAAAAACCUUGCAACAUCGUUUGUGCUGAAGACCCCAAGAGGAAGAUAGACGUUCAUCGUAUCAAAGAGACACUAAAGAGGAGAAAAUUGGACAAAACUACACACAAGAAAGUAGGGAUGGACAAUGAGAUAGACAGCGAGGCAUGGAUUGAGAGAGAACUUGAAAAUCUAGAAUAGACCCUGAUUUGAAAUGUACACGUAAGCACGACAAGAGUAAAGCCCUGGUUUAGAAUGUACACGUAAGCAGAACAAGAGUAACGUACAGAUUUUGAGUUAUGAGGAAAUCAAUAUAUAGCUACUUUCUGAAAAUGCAUUUGUGAAGUUUCCUUGAUCAAAGUCUUUGUGAUUGCAAUAACACUUAAACUUUCUAUUAUUAAUCAUGUACAUGUGGAGUACAGGGUUAGGGGUCUUCACCAUCAUCCCCUCUUUGUUAAUAUUGGGUAUAUACUGGUGCCUUGGGUUUCUUCCCCUGAAUGUUAUAGAAAAUUUGAACAUGUUUCUGGUGAUGAAAUUUAGUGGAAAAAGUUUUAAAGAAUUCCGACAUCUAAAGAUAGCUUUAUGCAACAUGUGAAGCUUUGAUCAAAACAGCCCCUUUUGCAGAAAAUAUUUCUGAAACAGGAGUAUGGACAGUUGGCCCCAUUUGUAAUUGUUGUGGCACCACACAGCCCCAACUCCAUUGUUAGGUUUUGGAAUCCAUUCCCAUGUGAAGAUAUCCGUGAAUGAGCAUAUGAAUUAUGGUUUUCCAAGUUCGGUAUAGAUUGCAGUGGAAUGCACAACAUGUCAACAUGGGGCAGGAAAUGUGUUACAGACCACCAAAGAAUCCAUGGAACUUAUGUCUAGUUGCCACAGGAGAUGGAAGGCAAACUCCCCAAGAAUUCAGGCUUUUAAGAGGCCAUUAUUGUGCAGGGACAAGACACUGAGUCAAACAAGCUAAGGUUUGUCCUGCUAAUGAAAAGAAACCUUUCUUACACUCAUGUGAUGGUAAAAGCCAUAUCAGAUGGCUGGAAGUGAAUGGAAGGCAGAAAGGGUGAUCUGAGUGUGAUGAUAAGAUGCGAGCGUGCAUAUAUUCAAGUUGAAUGAAUCGUAUCUUCAAGAUAUAAGCUGCAGGUAAAAGAAUGGCAAUGAAGAUUAGAUUACUGUUGUGAUGAGUGGAUUUGGAAAGCAAAGAUGAUGAGAAUUGAGAAGAACAGAGAACAUCUAUGGUCCUAGCUAGUGUUGGAUUUCCAUUCACUUAAGCAUAUUAUGUAAACAUGUAUUCUUCCAGACUUCAAAUCCUUUGUCUUCUUCUCUGACUCCUUUUUAAAACCUGCAACUUUAGACCUCCUUUUUAAGGGGCUUUGCCAAAUUUGUGUUACUUUAAGCUGCAUUAUACAAUCCUUUCAUGAAA